CAAAAUGAUGAUACACAGUGGAUAAAGGACUAGGUGCCGGCUAAAUCAACCAAGAUGGCAUCUGGUCUGAGGAAAAUCACAAAUACGCUUCUGUGCAGACAGGAUGACAUUCCAGAAAACCGAACCAUUUUUGUUAACCACAAGCCCCCGCCAACUGAUGAUGUUUACUUCCAACAAAAAUUUCCAGACAACCAAAUCAUCUCAUCAAAGUAUACUAUCAUUACAUUUCUACCGAAGAAUCUCUUUGAGCAAUUCAGAAGAAUAGCCAACUUCUAUUUUCUCCUUGUUGCUAUCUUACAGUUGGCUAUUGACAGUCCAGUCAGCCCCAUUACUAGCAUCUUUCCUCUGGUCUUCGUUAUCUCUGUCACUGCAAUAAAACAGGCCUACGAAGACUGGCUACGACACAAAGCAGACAAUGAGGUCAACAAGCGGCCCACCCAGGUGGUGCGGGACUGCCAAAUCAAGGAGGUUCAGUCCCAGCAAAUUCAUGUGGGAGACAUUGUGAAGGUCAUGGUGGAGGAGGAGUUGCCCUGCGACAUGGUCCUACUGUCUUCACAGAGUGAAGACGGGGAAUGCUACGUCACAACAGCAAAUCUGGAUGGAGAGACCAACCUUAAGAUCUUUCGAUCGUUGCCAGACACCGCCAUACUACAGGAUGAGGAAUCACUAGAUGUGUUGUCUGCUAUGGUGGAGUGCGAACAGCCGCAGCCAGACCUGUACAAAUUUAUUGGAAGGAUGCGCUUCUACACGCAGAACCAGCAGCCCACAGUCAGGUCACUCACAGCAGAAAAUGUUCUCUUGAGAGGUUCCCGGUUAAAAAACACACCUUUUGUUUAUGGGGUGGCAAUUUACACAGGAAGAGAGACCAAAAUGGCUCUGAAUUCCAGACAAAAAGGCCAGAAACAUUCCUGCAUAGAGGGUUCCAUGAACAAGUACCUGGUGGCCAUGUUGGUGUGGCUGCUGGUCCAGACGUCGAUUGUGACAGGACUCAAGUUCUGGACGGACCGCCGCGACUUCAUGGUGAAUUCCUGGUACGUUCAUCCAGUCGCCGAGGCAUUAGGAGAUCUGUCCGGCAGCGGCAUCGUCGUCUUCACAGAUUUCUUGUCAUUCCUCGUUCUCUUCAAUUACAUCAUUCCAAUCUCCCUCUAUGUCACAAUCGAGCUGCAAAAGUUCCUAGGUUCUCUGUAUUUUGGCUGGGAUUUGGACAUCUAUGAUCCUAAAGCUGACCUUCGUGCCAAGGCCAACACCUCUGACCUGAACGAGGAGCUCGGUCAAGUUGAAUACAUGUUCACGGACAAGACUGGCACAUUGACGGAAAAUGACAUGCAGUUCAGGCAGUGCUCGGUCGACGGCAUCAAAUACGUAGAGGAGGAGGGCAAACUGGUACCCGACAAGGAAUCAGUGGCUACUCCUGAGGCAAUGAAAGAAUUCUUGCUAUGCAUGGCUCUCUGUCACACAGUCCAUGUCAACAAAGACCAAGGUGGGGACGAGGUUGAUGCACCAAACGCCUACGAGGACUACACACAGUGGCAGUACGAGGCCUCGUCCCCAGAUGAAAAGGCUCUUGUUGAAGCCACUCGUAGGUUUGGUGUGGUCCUAACAGCCUCCACACAGGAGUACAGCGAGCUCAUGAUAGAAGGGGACCUGGUUCGAUUCCAACUGCUGCAUGUAUUGGAGUUUGACCCCACCAGGAAAUGCAUGAGUGUCAUCAUAAGGACCCCUGAGGGGAAUGUGCAGGUCCUGUGCAAGGGAGCUGAAUCUACCAUCCUGGCUAGGAGUGUGACCGGACAGAAAGAUAUCAUCUUGGACCACGUCAACGAUUACGCAGUGUUGGGGCUUCGGACACUCUGCUUUGCCAAGAGGGAAUUGAGUUACAGUGAGUACGAGAAUUUUCAUGAUCAACUCCAAGAGGCAUCCACAGCCCUUGAAAGCAGGGAAGAGAAGCUUACCCAAGUGUUCAAUGACGUUGAGCAGGAACUACAUCUCCUGGGUGCAACUGGAGUGGAAGACAAGCUACAAGAUGGCGUCCCAGAGACCAUUGAAGCCCUUCGUAUAGCUGGCAUCAAAGUUUGGGUGCUGACUGGUGACAAGCAGGAGACAGCCGUCAACAUCAGCCACUCCUGCAAGCACUUCCAGCCUCACAUGCAGGAGUUGAUGCUGGUCAAGCAGGCCAACGCUCAGGAAUGCGGGGAGACUCUCUGGCGAUUCCUGGAACAAAUGAAAGCAGAACCUAAGGUGAAAUAUGCCAUGGUCGUUGAUGGUCCAAGUUUAUUCCAUGCCUUGGAACAUCACAAGGACACGCUGCGAGACCUGUGCCUUAACUGCGUGGCUGUCUUAUGCUGCAGGAUGUCUCCACUCCAAAAAGCAGAGGUUGUCAAGCUGGUGAAAUUCUCGGACAAGCGCCCAACUACCAUGGCCAUUGGUGAUGGUGCCAAUGAUGUCAGCAUGAUCCAGGAAGCUCACAUUGGUCUUGGCAUCAUGGGUAAAGAGGGUCGGCAGGCCGUCCGAUGUAGUGACUAUGCAUUCUCCCGCUUUAGGUUUCUUAUACGGGUGCUCCUUGUGCAUGGAGCGUGGUACUACAACCGCAUUGCAAUCACAGUACAGUACUUUUUCUACAAGAAUGUUGCCUUCAUCACUGCUCAGUUUUUCUACGCCUUCUAUUCUGCCUUUUCUGAACAAACCAUCUAUGACAGCUUCUAUUUAACUCUCUUCAACAUCACUUACACAUCGCUGCCCAUUCUCAUCUACGGGAUCGUGGAGCAGCACCUGUCCAGCGAGAUGCUUGUUGAGAAUCCCCGGCUUUACAGGGAGAUUCAGAAGAACGCCAAGCUAACCUGGAUCCAGUGCGUCUACUGGCUAGCACUGGGUAUGCUCCAUGCCGUAGUGAUUUACUACUUCACCAUGUUGGUCUUCAAGAAUGACGCAUCACUCUACCCAGAUCAAAAGAACAUGGGCAACUGGUCAUUCGGGACCAUUCUCUACACUUGUUGUAUCCUGAUUGCAAACAUCAAGCUUGGAAUAGAGACUAGGUGCUGGAACUGGAUCACAAUAGGUGCCAUGGCAAUCUCUAUUCUGGCCUAUCCAGUGUUGACGUCCAUCUAUACUGCAUUCGUAUGGUACAAUGUGUUUGGAGGAUGGAACUUUUUCGACACAACCACGGUUUACUACGUCUUCUUCAUGUCACUGAAGAGCUUGUCAGUCUGGUUUCUCAUUCUCCUGGUCAUUGGGGCCUGUUUCCUGCCGGACUUUGUUUACAAGACGUGCCAGCUUUACUUCUUUCCUUCGGAGAGCCAGAUUGCCCACAAGGCAGCUGGUAUGUGCUCAUGGUUCAGCUUGGCUUGCCUGUACUACCAACCCUCAGAGGGGUUGGUCCUUGCAUGCCCUCUCUCAGGGGAUGUGGGUAUAUGCAACCAUGCCCUAGAGAGGCCAUCACCAGAGGCCACGGUGCACACUAUACUUGAACAAGAUCGGAGUGUAAGCCCUGGGGUGGAGGAGCCAAGCAAACACCCAACCAAGCUUACACCGUUGGCACCCAAGAAGCCGGUGGGGUUCAACAGUCAAGGGAGACUGAACCCAGCCUUCGAAGGAAAUGUCGCCAGCGAUGCAGUGGAUGAGGGUGCCCUGACCCUAGGGACCUACAAGCUGGCCUAUCAGAGGGAAGAGGACCAAACCACCAAGACAACUCCAAUAACAGUUUUGUAAGGUCGACAAACAGGCUUAUUCCCCCAUGACAAUAACUGUUACCAGAUCCCAAAGAAUGAGUCUUAUGGUCAUUUUAGUUAUUAUCAGUUAGCAUUAGAAAGAGGAAAACUGAGGCCUUUAUUUUGAUACAUCACCCUCUUUGGCAUUCUAUUGAGUUUGGGCAUUUUUAAGGUAAAACAUGUUUGAGGUUUAUACUGAUUUAAAGUUGCAUAAGUUUAUCUUUAUAGGCUCUGAAGUGGCUCUGGGCUGCUAGGCUUGGUCUCCGUUACCAAGAAAGAUUAUAAGAGUGACUCCAAGGAACUGUAAACCGUGUGUUAUGGGUACAAGAUUACUUGGUUGUAACAAAGUAAGCAUUGGUUUAUUUCCCUUAAAGCGUUGGGAUGCUAUGUGGUGUUUAGAAAUAAUGGAAAUUCUGGUUGUCGUGGUUGUUAGCUCAGGCAGCUCAUUCCAUAUUGUAGGUUUAUGUACAAAGAAAGUGUGUACUAAUGAUUAUACUACUGGGACAGAAACUCACGAAAGCUAGUCUUGGGACAUUUUAGAGAAUUUUAAUUACAGAAGGUCAAGUGCACUUCGUCUGAUUUUGUUCUGCAUUUUCUGGGUGAGAGUUAAUUUGCAUUGGAUCAUUGCUUUAGGAUAUGAAGUAAGCUUAUCUCCCCUGAAUGAAGGUACUUACAAUGAGGGUGUUUGUGAACUGGAAAUUUUUCAAUUGAUGUAUUAUGGGCUUUGAAUUUUCUUUCUGUUGUGAUUCAAGUGUUAAAAGCCAUCAAGUGGAGAAAAUUGAACCAAAGAAAAUGUUUGUCUUUUUUAAAGAAAAAGUGCAGUACUAGGAGGUGAUGGUAACCUGACAGUAAAAGGAUUUUCCCUGAAACGUUUUACCCUUCAAAUAUGUGAAAAUAGAUUCAGUUACUGUCCACAGGAAAAGAUGGGGUCAUUUGCAUUUGAACCGUAAGACAUCUCAGUUUGAUAUUUAAGUUUUAUUUUGAACGUAAGUCACCUCUGGUAUUACAAAGAUAUCACUUGUUUAAAAGUGCCGAACCAAACAGUCACCAUCAACAGAUUUUUUUAUUGAAAUCUGUGCCUUUUUGGGGGGAACGUUUGAAAGUUAUUUUGUUACACUGGACUGUAUAAAGCAGCCAACGGCCAAAACAAUGUAACUUGCAGCUUUCAUUCAGACUCCACUGAACGGUUGCAAAUAGAGAAUGAACAUGUAUUUUUGUGAAUUAGUGAUUUAAGAAUAUGGUUUUGAUUGGAUUAAAAUUAAUGAUUUCAUCGUUUCAUGAAAGUUUCUGCGAUACUGUCGUGAAUUCCUACUAUUCUGUAUACAUUCCUAAUAUAGAAUAUUUUUUUCUGCAUUUUUCACUUCGCAUUGUGAGCAAAAAGUGCCUGUUCAAAUGACAAUAGUGUUUGGUUAUACACGUCCAUUUGAGAUGUUUUACUGGUGUACUUAACUAUUCUUACACCUUUGUCAUUGUGUGAACAAUUUGUCUUUCAAAGCUCAAGGCUUGUGUCAUACUUAAACACACUGUCCUGACAAAUAACUGUAACAUGAUGAAACUUUUAAAACCUUAAGUCAGUUAUUUUCCGGCUGUAGUGGAGCAUAAAAUAAUGAAUAAUCAAUGUUCAAAGUCAUUGUAUAGGUUGUCUUACAUGCAGUUGUAUCUAGAAAUUUUGUCAAUUAAAAUAUUGAUUUCUCUUAAA